CUGAGGCAGAAGAGAGCCCAGGAGCAGCUCCCUCUCCCAGUCUUCCUCGUUCAGCACCAGUCCCAGCCUGUGCAUCAUGCAGCUGGUGGCCAGCCUGGUGUCUGUGCUGCUGCUGGUGUGGAGUGUGAGAGCCACAGCACUGCCUGGGGAAGAGAGACUGGCCAUCCAGAGCACCAGGGAACAGAGCACAGUGCGGAAGGACGCCAUCCUGAAGAUGCUGGCAGGCCUGCUGGACGGCGUGGAUAUGGGGCAUGAGGCAGCUGCCCCAGACCUGGAGGAGGAGGGCAAGCUGGAGGAGGAGCGGGCGGUGCUGGGCCGGCUCGCCCAGCUCUCGCAGCGGGAGCGCAAGGCGCCCUGCAAGAACUUCUUCUGGAAAACCUUCACCUCCUGCUAGUGCUGCCCAGCCUGGCCCUGCCAGUCUGCAAACACCCUCCCCACUCCUUGUCUUCCUUGUCUCCCCCAGCUCCCUUGCUGUGCCCUCCACCCCUCAGAAUAAAGCAUGGCGCCUCGG